AUGACCCACAAAUCCAACAUCCAACCCAAGACUCAUUAUCAAACUUAUUCAACUUUACAUUCACCAACGAUUUCUUCUUCUAAAACAAAUUAUAAACCAAAAAAACCAAAUUCUAUCAUCAGUCAUCAGUCUAUCACAAACACUUCAACUUCAUUUCAAAAUCCAAUUCAACUCAUCAGUUUAGAUUUAGCUUUGGAAUCUAAAUUGAUCGAUUCGAUUGGUCAAGAAAUUAAAUUUAAUCAAAUCCUGGAUCCUAAUUUUAGAACGAUUGUAAUCUUUUUAAGACAUUUUAGAUGUCCAUUUUGUCAACAAUAUAUUAAAAAGUUAUCAGAAAUCUCACUUCAUAAUCAAAACUUAAUGAUGUUUAGAUACAAAAUUAGAAUCAUUCUGAUCGGUCAAGGUGAUUAUAAGAUGAUAAACCCUUACAAAGCAUUAUAUAAUUGUCCAUUUCCAAUUUAUUCAGAUCCGAAUCAAAACCAUCCACUUUAUAAAUCAUUAGGAAUGCAAUCUGGUUCUUUCUUUACUAAAUCACCAAGUUUAUCUUCUGUUUCUUAUUUAGAUCAUUUAUCAAUCUUUGAACUUUUCAUCAUGGCUCUCAAAGUUCAUCUAUUUUUUGGGUAUUUAUCAUUGAUGGGAAUCUUUGGGUGUGUACAAAAUGAUAAACAGAAUGCCACAAAGAUGCCGUUGAGAUAUGGUGGUGAUUUGAAACAAUUAGGUGGUGAAUUUGUUUUUGAACCAAUCAAAGUAAACACCAUCAAAAGGAAACCCAUUAAAUUCGAUCCAUACGAACAAAGCUUUCAUCCUAAUCCAAUUCAAGAAACCCAAAUCCAUCAUGAAAUUAAAAAACCUAAACCGAUUCCAGGGUUUUUAAAAUCGAAAUUAAUCUUAGAUUUUUCAAAUCAAAUCUCUUCUUCUACGAAUUCUUAUCCUCCUGAUUCACCUUCUACUUCUUCUAACUUUUCGACUUCUUCUACUUCUACUUCUUAUUCUAUUUGGUCGGGGAUCUCUUCUAGUGAAAAGAAAUCAAAGUUUCAAUGUAGAUUUGUUCAUAGAAUGAGGAAUAUGAGAGAUCAUACUCCUUUAGAAGAAGUCUUAAUGGCAGCUGGAAUUAAGAUUCAUUAA